AACAGAACUUUGGGAUUUAACAACAGUUGGCGGUUUUUUUCUUUUUUCAAUUUUUUUAAAUAUUUUCAUCACAAAAUGGAUGAAAUAAAUGCAUUAGUAUCGAAUCGAGUACCAACUAAAUCAAUUGAACAAUCCAUAGCUCCAAUACUAUCACAAGUAUCUCAAUUGAUCCUGCUAGGGGAGAAAAAUUCUCGACGUUGUUCAGCUGAAUACAUAGAAGAGAAGGGUUGCCAAUUCUUUGCAAAAUGUAAAGCGGCUUCGAAAGCAGCUUUGAAGCUAUCUAAAUCUAUAAGUGAUGAGACAUUAAAGAAUAAGUUGCAAGCGGCAUCUUUUACUUUAACAGAGAAUUCUGAAAAUUUUCUAGUCUGUUCAAAGAAGCUAACCUAUAGUUUGGAAGAUACAAGCUCAUUUAGACAGUUAACAAGAUCAAUAAAAGAUGUUGUAGAAAGUUUAAUAAAAGUCCUUUUGAUAGCUGAUGAGAGAGAUAUAAAGAAAAUAGUGAAUAUGACUGAACAAAUAGAAGAGGACUUGAACAGUUUACUAUCGAGAGAACAUCAGAAAGAAUUAGCCUCCGAUUUAAAAAAAAUCUAUAAAACUUCUAUCGAAAUGGUGGAUUUAUGCGAUAAUCGAACGAAAAAUUUACGCAAAGCUAAACAAAAGCAAGCUUUAAAUGUAUCUAUUUCAACGUUUAAAAGAAAUAUACCGUUACUUUGCGAAGGAUUACGCGCGAUAUACCGGAAAUCUUCAUCUGAUAAACUAAAACGUCAACUAUCAGAAGAUUUUGCUGUUGCUCAAAUGAAAAAAUCAUUAAGAGAAAUUCGAAAAGCGAUUGAAGGACGAUAUCUAAUUAAUGAAGAUGACGAUAAUGAUUCUAUUAACGUCGAAGAAGCUGGUUGUUUUACUCUAACAAUCGAUCUAGCUAUGGAAAGGUUAUCGACGAAUGAUGAUAUAACUAAUGAAAUUAAUAGUAUAUUAAGGCAUUCAUUAACUGUUGGUCAUGCGGCAAAUGAGUGCUUUAAAGAUUCUAUUAAAAAAAUCUCUCAAAUUGUUUUACAAGCUAAAAAUAAAUAUCUGCAAUGUUUAGAAGUUGAAAAUAGAGACAAAUUACCGGAUAUUAAAGCAAUUGUUCAAGAAGGACUUCAGCAUUUAGAAAGACAAGUAAAUGGUGCAGUACUUGGAUUAAUUAUUGACGCUUUUAAAGAAAGCGUCGAACCUCUUGAUAGAGUUAUAAAAAGAGUUCUAUUGAGCGAAAUUUCAGUUUGUAAUGCUCCAACCGGAAAUACUUUGGAUGAUUUAAUAGAGAACUUCCAUAGUCAUUCUGAUAUGAUAUGUCAAGCGUCUAGACUAGUAUCGGCUAGUUGUCCUGAUACAUCGAAGGUUAAAGUAAUUCAAACAGCUGUUCAACAGUUGGAAGCAUUGGAUCCAGAAUUAAUACCAGCAAUACUACUUUGCCAUGCAAAUAAGAAGAAUAAAGAUGCAAUUCUACAAAUUAAACUACUAAGGAAUGAAUGGUCGGAUUGCGUAAAAAAUCUUAUCAUUACUAUUGAUAAGAUAACAGAUCCAAAUAAAUUCAUCUUAUUGACAAAUAAUCAAUUAAAUAAUGAAAUUGAUAGUAUUUGUAAAUGCACACAAAUUUCAUUCAAACUAUUGGCAGAUGUUAAGGCUGUUCUCGGGAAAACUGGGAGAGUUUGUACCGUUGCUAAAUCUAUUAUAAAUCAAUCGGAGCCUAACGAUUUUAAUAAAAAUUUAGCAACAUUUCUAAAGAAUUUAUUACAAUGUAUACCAUCAGUAAGAACUGUUAUCAAUCAAAUUGAACAAGCCGACAAUUGCGAUACACUACUUAGUAUACUUAGUGAAAAAUGUGAGAUAUUACAUCAAAAUAUGAGAUAUUUAGCUGAUGGUUUAGAUAAAGAAAAUCAUGAAAAGAUAUUAGCAGAUAUGAAUAAAACUGUCGAAUAUCGUUUUCAUAAUUCUGAAAUGACAAUGGAAGGCGAUAAAACUAUUUCUAAUGAUGAACAUUUUGAUUUUUCUAUUCUUUUAACCGAUUCUUCCGAUGUUAAACGUUUGGCGGAUGAAAUUGAAUUAUCGGCAAUCUCUUCGAAGAGGCAAAAAGUAGAUGUUCUUUGCAACGACCUACUUACAUAUAGUAAUGUUCUUGUUGACAACGCAACAACUUUAGCCGAAUUUGAUCAACAAAAUAAACGAAUGUUACACGAUGUAUCAUCGGAUAUAACUACUUUAAGUAUAAACGUUAUUGAUAGUUCUAGAAAAGUUGUUCUAGACGAUUCAGCGCGUUUUGACGAUCUUAAAAAGUAUUGUCGUACUUGGGCGAUAAAGGUAACAAAAUGCGAGAAUAUUAUUGCGGCAAUUGUACAAAUAUGGACAAAUCCUGUUGAAAUUGUAAUAGAAGCUUUACAAAAUCAAAAUGUUAAAGAUAUUAAUUCAUCGUUAAAAUAUUUGGAACAAAUAACGAACAAAUGCCAAGAAAUAUCUGCCGAUAUUAAAUGGAUAAUUAACCAAACAAAAGCUAUAAAUGACGGUUUAAUUAAUGAACAAGAAAAUGAACUUGAAAAUACAUUAUCAACUAUAUCAACGUACGCCGAUUUAGCUAUUGGAUCACGUUCAAUUCAAGCUAAGAAUGCAUUAAAACAAGCAUUAAAUACAUGGAAAGUUAAAAUUCAUGUAAUAAACCUACUAUUGAUAAAUGUAUCUAAGGAAUAUAUUCAACGAACUUGCGUUGAAAUAUCUAUACCAAAGGAUAUUAAUAGUUUAGAUGGCUGGAAAUUGGCAUACGAGAACUGUCUAUCGGAAUGUAAUAAGAUAAAAAAUUGGUUGGAACCCGUUAUUACUGGACAAAAUGAUUUGGCAAUAGAAGCUAGAAGAUCCUCUCAACUAUUAGAUAUGGAACAAUCAAAAUUAACUGAAUCUUAUAAUUUAUUAAUUAAUUGUAACGAUGAUCCAUUUGUAACUUUAAAGCUCUGCUUAAAUAUCUUAAGAUUCUCCAAAGUGAUGAAUGAUACCAGUAAUAUACUCGAUGAAGCAGUUAAAGAAAUAUUCCCAUGUUUAGCUAACAUGGCCGAUUCGUUCCGUUCUAUUAGCUUAUCAUUUUCACCCUCAAAAGUUGAAAAUUGUAUAUCAGAAGAAUUUCAGAAGAAAUUAACAACUCUUAAAUCUAAAAUAUCAGAUUGUUUAUCAAGUUUACCAACUGAUAAACGGCGUACAGUUAUUGAACUCUCCGAAUGGCUGGAUAAAUUAACUAUUGAACUAUUAAAAAUUAUUGAACCAGACUCGUAUCCAUUUAAUACGAAAGAAUUUGUUAAAAGUAAUAAAUUAUUACAAAAAUUACAAUACGAAUGGAUAUCUUUGUUUAGUAGAGUUCUCAAUGAACUUAAAGGUUAUACUGAUAUAUCAGAAUUUAAAAUGAGUCCAAGAAGAAUUGAAGAUAUCGACGCCAGAAAGGAAAAGGUAUUCGCUGGCUUUACAGAAUCGUUAAGACACGAUCUAAUAGCCGGUAGUUCAUCUAGCGCCGUGAAUAGCGCUCUAAAUACUUUUACUAAGAGUAUGACUGGACUUUUAUCAUGCGAUACAUUUUCAUUAGACUUUUCAAAGAUACUUAGCGAUAAUGAAAAUGACGAAUCGUUAAAAGUUAACGAUAGAUUUAAACAGAAUUUCCAUUCAACACCAAUAACUGGAUUUCCAAAACGUCAUUUUAUGACAAUGAAAUCAACGAAUGAUAAACAAAGAAUAACUCAAUUAGAUAAUUUUUAUCUAAUGAAAUCAUCUCUAUUAGAUUUAAGGCGAUUUAUCUAUAAUAAAGACUAUAAGAAUACUUCUGAAAUUGCUUUGUCAAUUGUUGAACAUUGUAAUGAAGUUCUUGAAUUCUUUAGGGAUAUACUAAAGAACUGUUUUGAUGAUAGAUUAGCCAAAGACUUACAAUCUACUAUUGAGUGUCUUCCUACCGUCUUAAAUCAACUUAAAGUUAUUAUUAAAUUGGAAAAUGAUCAUAAUCGAUCUGAAAGAGGAGCUGAACAGGGUCAGAAGAUUAUACUAAAAAAUUGCUCCAACGUUAUUAGAUUAACAAGGGAUAGCUUUAUUGCUGCUCAUGCUUGCUGUAGUUGUUUAGUAAGCUGUUUCCUUAAAAAUUCUACUUGAAAUUAGCACUAAAUAAUUCAUUUUAUACAGAUUGAUGAAAAUUUAGCUUUCGAAUUAACGGAUGAGUGGUUUGACAAAAACAACGAAUUUGAAGAAUCGCAUGAUUAUACAAAUCAUCAAAGUAUUACAAAAAGAAUUAGUCUUACAAAAGUAGGAACAUUUUAAAGUUUUUUUUUUAAAAAACAAAAAAGAACAUACUUUCUUAAUAUUUUUUUAUUUAAUUUUGCAUUCAUUUAUUGUAAAAACAAAAAAGAAGAAAAGUCUGUUACGAAAAAAAA